UUUUUUUUUUUUUUCUUAAUAAAGCUUUUAAAAUUAUUUCUUCUUCCUUCCAAAGUGUGUCAAGAAAAUCUAGAUGAUAAAGAAAAAAUAUAUAUUGAUGAUUGGAUUUCACUCCAUAAAAGUGAAGAUGGAGGAAUUGUAUGGAAAAAACUACGGCAAGAUUUGAAGAAUCAAUUUGGACCUUUUCGAUCUGAAAAUAAAUUAAAAAACUACUACUAUUCAAAACAAAGAAGUAAAAAGGGGACGAAUAAUGGCAUUGUUAUUCCAUCUCCGCCUGAAACUAUCGACAUUUCCAUUCCCACCACUCCCACCACUCAUUCUUACCUUUUUAGUCAAUAUCAACCUCAAAACAGAGAGCCGUUACCUAACAUUUCUAAUAUCUUUAAUUAUUAUCAUAAUGACUCUCUGGCCCUUCCACGGCUUCUUCAUUACCAGCAGAAUCUUUCUGCCUUACCUACUUUAUAUCCAAGUUUGAUACAAGAACCCAAAUUACCCGAAUUACCGCCCAACAUAUAGACGGGUUAAGAAUAUAUUUGUUGUAAUUAUAUAUAUAUAUUUUUUCUUAUUUAUUUUUAUGUAACAUAUGAUGUUAUUCAUGAUCAUCUUCAUCAUACUUUUCAUUUUCACACUUUUCUUUUUCAUAUUUUUCUUCUUUGGUAUACUUCUUUUUUGGUGGUAUGUAUUUAAGAAAAAAACAAAAAAAAAUCUAUAGAAAGGUUAUACCUGACAAAAAAAAAAAAAA